AUGGAGAAAGCGGACCAGUAUGAGGUCGAUUCGGAGCCUCGGAAUGUCGACAUCGUCUCAGACGAGCAUGCAGUCGCGAAACAUUCGCCCAUGGACUGGCCAUGGAUUCGCAAGCACGUUAUCCUGGCACAAUGCGCAUUGCACGCCGCCGGCCCAGGCUUUACGAGUGCGAUCCUCAUUCCUGCCAUCGGGUCUUUGGCAGAGCAGUUUGGGGUCACAGCACAGAAAGCGUCAUACCUGGUCGCCGUUCACGUCCUUUUUCUAGGCGUUGCCCCCUUCCUGUGGAACCCCCUGAUGAGUGCUUACGGACGCAGACCGAUCCUCAUUGCGACCAUGUUCUUGUCGUGCGUUGCCGCGCUGGGAGGUGGCUUCGCGCAUUCGUACGGCACUCUGAUGACGGCGCGUGUCUUUCAAUCCAUUGGCAUCUCGUCCGGGUUCGUCGUGCCUGGGGCAGUCGUCGUCGAUAUCUUCACCAAAGAGGAGCGGGGCCGCAAGAAUGGCAUUUGGACACAGAUGGUCUCGCUUGGUGCUCCUUUGGGCGGCAUUAUAGGCGGUCCUGUCGUAUACUAUAUCGGUUGGAGAUGGGUCAUGUGGCUGAUCGCGAUAUGCAACGGCAUCCAAACGAUAGCUUACAUCCUCACUUGUCCUGAGACUUCUCAUGUUCAUCGACAACAGGCUCAGCUUGGCGCGUUUCACUCAUCAGAACUGGUCAGACCACCUAAGAAAAUAUCUGGCCGCCUGGGUCUGCGCAUGUUCAUCGAGCCGAUUUUGCUUCUGCAGUCGCCGCAUGUGACGCUGGUCGCCUUUGCGUACGGAGUCACCUUCGCCAUCACGUCGCCGGGUAUUUCGGUCAUUGUGCCGCUGGCGACAGAGGAGUUUUACAACUUUGGAGCAGUCGCGCAGGGACUGUUCUUCAUUGGACCACUGGUUGGGAUUCUGAUCGGCGAAUUGCUGGCUGGAAAUGCGAGUGACUGGCUCAUGAAUCGGGAGCGACGCCGAGCUGCGGAGGCAGGCCAGUCUCCAAACCUGGAGCGACGGCUUCUGGCCGGGCUGCCUGGAUACUUCAUGGCGCCUCUGGGGGUGAUCAUUUUUGGUGUGACAUUGCAGAGCCACUGCCCCUGGAUCGCGCCUUGCAUUGGAUUUGCCUUGUCCGACUUUGGACUGCAGAUGGUCACGACGCCGCUCAAGACUUAUUGUAUGGACUGCCACGCUUCGCACACUGGGUCGGUGUUGCAGUUGGUCAAUGCUACACGUCAGAUCAUCUCGUUUACCAUUCCCUUUUGGAGCCCGAAUUUGGGUGACAAGGUCGGCUUUGGUUUGGGAUUCGGAAUUGAGGCGAUCAUUAUGGCCUUCUUCUAUGUAUGCAGCUUGUUGGUAUUCUGGAAGGGUCAAGAUUGGAGGCAAAGUGUGCAGGUGAAGGGGUUGGUGGAUGUGGACAGGUCGUAG